GGGGGCGGAGGACGUCAGCUCUCAAGCCGUACAAGCAGCUGGGAGUGGGGCUGAGAGGGUUUGGAGGGGGAAAGAGUUAAUUAAGUCCUUCAGAUGAUCUUCCUUCUUCAUCUCCUCAUGACAUCAGCCACCCAAGGAGGCGAUGCUAGGACUCACUCUCUGCGAUAUUUUCGCCUGGGACUCUCAGACUCCAAUCAAGGAAUGCCUGAAUUUAUUUCAGUUGGCUAUGUGGAUUCUCAUCCUAUCACUUCAUACGACAGUAAUGGAAGACAGAAGAUGCCCCAAGCUUCUUGGAUGGAGGAAAAUUUGGGAUCUGAUCACUGGGAGAAGUAUACUCAGCUUUUGAGAGGCUGGCAGCAGACAUUUAAAAUAGAACUGAGAGCCCUGCAGAAUCACUACAAUCACACUGGAGGAUUUCACAUCUAUCAGAGGAUGAUUGGCUGUGAGUUGCUAGAAGAUGGUAGUACCACAGGAUUUCUCCAGUAUGCUUAUGAUGGAAAGGAUUUCAUCGUUUUCAAUAAGGAAUCUCUGUCUUGGAUUGCCAUGGAUAAUGUGGCUAGACUCACCAAGCAAGCCUGGGAGGCCAAUCGGAAUGAGUUACGCUAUCAGAAGAAUUGGCUGGAAACAGAAUGUAUUGCCUGGUUAAAGAAAUUCCUGGAUUUUGGAAAAGAUACCCUCCAACGGACAGACUCAGCUCAUCUCUCAUCUUCUGCUGGAGGCUUUCCCAGGCCCUUCAACUGUUAUUCCCUUUCAUCUCAGACUCUGUACCUAGCAUGUAUGUGUCUACUUAUUUACAAGUAAUCUCCCCAAUUAGAAUGUAAGCUCUUUGAGGACAGUGAUUGUUUUUGCCUUUCUUUUUAUAAAUGAAUUUUAUUUUUUUCAAUUACAUAUGGAAACAAUUUUUAAUUGAAAAUAUUUAUUUAAUUAAUUAAUUUGGAAUAUUUUCCAUGGUUACAUGAUUCAUUUUCUUUCCCUCCACUCCUCCCCUACCCCACCCCCACAGCUGAUGCACAAUUCCACUGAGUUUUACAUGUGUCAUUGAUCAAGAUCUAUUUCCAUAUUAUUGAUAUUUGUACUAGGGUGAUCAUUUGGAGUCUACAUCUCCAAUCAUAUCCCCAUCGACCCAUGUGAUCAAGCAGUUUUUCUUCUGUGUUUUAUAGAAACUAUUUUUGACAAUUAUUUUCUAACAUUUUUAUUCAGAUUCUAGCCUACUAUAUUCAUAUUUUCAUAUUCCCCAUAUCGUGACUGAAGGCACAUAUCACAUACACAAAAAAACUCAUGAAGGAAAUAAAGUGAACAAUGGUGUGCUUUGAUCUGCAAUCAUUCCAACAGUUCUUUUUUAUCUCAUGCUUAGGGGUGGGGAGACUGACAAGAAAAAGAAGGCAAUAAACACAUAUUAAGGACCUUCUAUAUACCAGGCACUGUACUCAAUCUCUUAUAAAUAUUACCUCAUUUAAUCCUCACAACAACCUUGGAAGGUAGGAGCUAUUUUCACCCCCAUUUUACAAUGAGAAAACUGAAGUAAACAGAGAUUAAGUGACUUGCCUAAGGUCACACAGCUAGUAAGAAUCUGAAACUGGAUUUGAACUCAGGCUUUCCUGCCCAAGUUCCAUGACUCUAUCCUCCAUUGCACCUAGCUGUCUAUUUUAACACAAUGUCUGGCACUUAUUCAAUACUGGAUAAAUGCCUGUUGACUGACUGUCUCUACUCUGCGGCUCACUUAAAUCCAGUUUUACCAAAAAGACAUGUCAGGGAACAAUUCUUCACUUGACUGAAGGAUUUUGAGGAUCCCUUUAAGUAAUUAGGUCCCUUCACGCAUUUAAAAUAUUAUUUCCUGUUACUCACCCUUUCCCUUCUAGACAGCUUGUCUGGAACAAGUCUGGGAGCUCACCACAGCUUAGAAUGUUUUUGUAGGCUAAGAUGUGAAGGAUGAUGUUCCAUCUGCCUCCCUGACCAAGUUCAGGAGCUCCUUCCUCACAGUUUAGCAUCCCUUCAAUACUUCAAUUCAGUAAUUCAGGACUUCCCUGGAUCUGCCAUAAACUCAUCUAGCUAAGUGCUCCUUCCUAUUCUGUCCCAUGGAGUUCUUGUCUUUGGUCUUUCCAUAGUUUCUCCAUGGAGGUUCCAAAGUGAUGCUCUGUAUAGAGCUAGGUACAAAGAGUCAGGGAGAUGUAAGUGGGAAUCCUGCCUCACUCCCUUACCAGCUGUGUGACCCUGGAAGAGUCCUUAAAUCCCUUAAUCUCUCUGUUUGUUCUGUAAAAUGGAGAUAUAUGUGGCAUCUAUCCCUCAAGACUGUGUGAGAGUCACAUUAUUUGUAAAGUGCACUACAAACCAUAAUAUUCUAUGUAAAUGCCAAUUACUAUGGGUGUUAGCAUUAUUAACCACCCAAAGCUAUAGUAUAUUUCCAACAAUAAUCAACUUUAAUUUAAUUUACCUCUAAUAAUAAUUUAAUAAUCUACAUAUGGGAUGCCAUUGAGGAAUUGUUCAACCGGAAGAGGACAUGGAUUGGGUUUAUGGCAACAGUAGAAUAGCAAUCUGAAAUCUUGGCCAUUAAGUACGCUAGUGCUGAUUGAAGUCUGGAUUUUUCUGGAUACUUGAUCACUGAAGAAUUUUAAAUUGAGCUUCCCUGAGAGGCGGAGUCAAGAUGGUGGCUUAGAGACAGUACCAGUUAAGACCUCCGAAAACCCUUCCUCACCCAUCAAAAACACAAUGCUUCGAGGGGACUGAAAACCAAUCUAACAACAGGGCAGAGCUAGGGAACCCUCCUCCUGAACCCAACUUAAAAGGUACACCCCAAAAAAAGCUUGCAUUCUAGAAAGGGGAAGGAAGAAGGAAGGUCCCAGGAUCCCUCCCCCACCUACAGCACUGAGCCUCCAGUGGUGGCUGGAAUUUCUAGACUGGCAAGGGUUCUGGAGGGAGUACCUUGCUGGCAAAGCUGUGCCAGGCUCAGAGAAUAGAACACAGGCGGUGUAGAGGCAGCUGGAGGAAAAGUGCAGAGCAGGCAGCCUAGUCACAGUCAAGACACUCCAUCUUGCCCCCCCCUUUUUUCUGGGGGUUUUGGCCUCAGGGUACACUCAGCUUUGCAGAUCAACUCCUCCACCCUGGCUCAAUCUCAUCAAUAGGGCAGAUAAGUAGCCUUCAGAGGGCAGGGAAGCUCAAGCUCCAACACCCCUCCCCCACAGACUGAUGUGAGAGCCUUGCUGACUAAGUUCCAAGGGCAAAAACUGCAACAAACUCCAGGCAACAACCUUGAUAACAGGGCAGGAAGCCCAGCUCCUUUUCAGCUUCUGCUGUCAGCCAGAGAAGUUCUGACUAACCUGAUCAAUCAGCAGAACCGAGAAGAAGCCCCUUCAGGGCGGAAUAGCCCAAACCCACAGAUCCAGCACAUAAUGAGAGAAGCAAUUCUACA